AUGCAAACAUUAAAAUGGAGCUAUAAAAUACUUGAUAUUCUUGGAUUCAGUUUGACAUCUCAUUGGACGUCGUUAUGGAGGAGAGCCCUUUACAAUUCCUACGGGAUGAUAUUGGUAAUAUCUUUGCACUUCAUGUCAGCUACUCAAAUGUUAGACCUUUUCAACGUCACCAACCAAGAGGAUUUUGUCGAUAACUUGUAUGUAACGCUGGUUUUCCUUUGCGAUUGUUGUAAAACGAUCAUGCUACUACGUCGGCGGGGAAAUAUCGCGAAACUCAUUGAUGAACUUAAGGAGGAACCGUUCGCGACGCUGAACGCUGAGGAGACGGAAAUACAAAGGAAAUUCAUGCAGCAGAUCGAACGGAACACAAUAACCUACGCUCUCAUAAUCGAUGUCUACGUGGUUGCAACGAUUAUUAUCUCGUUCUUCACCGAUUACCGACAUGGAGGGUUGAAGUUUCGUGCUUGGCUACCAUACGAUUAUUCGUCCCCGCUUUUGUUCACCGUGACCUACGUUCAUCAAAUGGUGGUUAUGGUAUUCGCUACGAACUUCAUUGUUGCGUGCGAUUCUCUGUUUAGUGGCCUGUUGGUUAACAUUUAUUGCCAGUUCGAGUUGCUGGAGUACCGUCUGAAAAAUGUCGAAAAGUUCGCCACGGCGGUAAACGAAGUGUUUACAGCCAUCAUUUCCAUACAGUUCAUAGUGAACACUUUUGCGCUCUGCUUCAAUCAUUAUAGAUUGUCGCAACUAGAAUUCGGCGCCAAGUUCGGCGAAGCGGCAGCAUUCAUGUUCUGUGUGCUCGCACAAAUAUUUUAUUACUGUUGGUACGGCAAUGAAGUGAAAUUAAAGAGUCUCACAAUCGUAGACGUGGCACUGGAUAGCACCUUAAUGUCGUUGGAUAACAGUACGAAAAAGAUGUUUCUGACUAUCACGAUGAGAGCAAUGGAGCCCAUUCAAUUCACCAGCAUCCACAUAGUUUCUAUGAACCUUGAAUCUUUCAUAACGUUAGUUAAAACAUCCUACUCGGCAUACACCAUGCUUCAACAGAUGCACUAA